AUGAAUUAUAUUAACAUAUUUCCCAAAAAUAUCACUCGCUAAUUAUACGAUACUGGGCAAUAUUUAAUAUAAAAGUAUUCUUUUUAUUUCUCAUCUCCUCUUCCAAAUAGCUUUGAAUUUUUCGACUAUUUGAUUGAUCUUUGCCUUUAAGAAUCUAAAUUUAGUUAUUACUACUAAAUCUCCAUCUAACAAUUAAUCAUCAUCCAAAGAAAAUGUUUGUAUCGCCCAAAAAUCCAGUUUAGAUCCAAUAAUUUGACUUUAUAUUGUCUUGAAUAAAUAUCUGUUAGCAAAAUGUAGUUUGCUGUAAUUAGAGAGUAAGUCAUGGUUGUUUCAGAUUUUGUGAUUGAAGGUGAGAAGGAUCUAUCUUUAUCACUUUUAAGUGCUGUAAUUCUAUUAACUAAAAAGAACCAUUAAGAAUAGUAUCAAUGA